CGGGGCAGCUCGUCAAGCGGGUCAGCGCAAGGGGUGCAAGGGGGAGCAGCAGCCACCAGCAGCUGCCGCUGCUGCUGCCGGGGUGGGUGGCGCAACGACGGAGGUGGCGACGGCUCCGGAUCUGCACAGGUCGAGAAGCGGCGCCUCCUCCUCCGGUGCCUCCUCCAACAACACAUACGGCGGUACGUACGGCAGCAGGCGGCCCGCAGGCGGCGAGUACGACAUCGUCAUGGUGGCCGCGGGCGCAGCGGCGGGCACGCUAGCGGAGGUACGGCGGGCGGGCUUGCCGCUGCAGCUGUGCCAGGGCCUCACGCUAGUCAUGGCGCCGCCCGCACCUCCACCGCCAGCUGCCACAACCCCUCCCGCCCCACCCCUCCGCGAUAUGGUGUCACCAACCGCUGCACCAGCCGACCCCGCCCCGCCCGCCGCCCCGUCGUACCCCCCGGGUCGCCCCAGCCUGCUGGGACAGCCCUAUCUGGCGGCGCAGGGCCCCGGGCGGCUGGUGGUGGGGGCGACCAAGCAGUACGGCUGGACGGCGGAGGCGGCGCUGGAGGCGUGCGGGAGGUCAGAGUACGCGGAGGUGACCCAUGGGUCGGCCGGGAUGGCAGCAGCAGCGGCGGAGGGCGAGAAAGCGGAGGAGGAGGUGGAUGCGCUGCUGCGGGCGGCGUGUGAGGUGUGGGAGCCGCUGCGGGGCUGGCAGCUGGAGCGAGUGAGGGAGGGUGUCCGCGCGUUACCCCCACGCACGACCCAUGGGUCACUGCCGCUGCUGGGUCGGCUGGUUCCUGGUCGGCGCUGGUGGCUGGUGGGCGGGCUGGGGUCGCGCGGCCUGGUGUACCACGGCUGGCUGGGGCGGCUGGCGGCGGAGGCGGCGCUGCGGGACGAGGAGGGCGGGCUGCCGGGGGAGCUGACGGCGUGGCGGGGGGUGGCGGCGGGGGAGGCGAGGUUUGACGCGCCGUGAGGAAGUAGGGGCCCGCGGGGUGGGGGCUGGCUGUGACGCGGUGAUGGGUUUUGAGCGGCGGGGGUGUAGGUUCUAGGUUCUAGGUUGCAUGCGGCAUGCGGCAUGCCGGUAUGCUUGAGUUGAGUCCUGAACGGCUGCGGUGAGGACGUGUGGCCGCGGCGGAGUAGGAUGGUCUGGGGGGUGUACCAGCUGGCGCAUUGCUGAACCACAUCCCCUUCCGAUGCUCACGGCGGCCCCAGACGUUCGUGCGCCGACAGCAGAUGACACGAAGGAAGAACUCAAAGGAAGAUCACCCUCGAGGCUGUCGGGGCUUGGCGCCAGGCCGCCAGCCUACUGAGCUGUGCGUACAAGCAGCGAGCACCAG